AUGGCAAAAUCAACCCGCUCGAAAGUCAAGCGCGCCUACCGCUCCAAAAAACGCACCGAGGGCGUCUACCACGCCCUCGAAGCCGCGCGCCUCCAGCGCCUCAGCGCAAAGCUCUGCGGCCUCGCCGCCUCGAAGCGGAUAUCGACGCACGGGCCCCGGAAUUCCCGCCGCGAGCAGUGGAGGGCGUCCAAAGGCUUGGAAGCGCGACCCAAGGCGAGGGGCAUGACCCGGCAGGGCACCGUCGCCGCACGGCGGAAGUCUGGACGGCCCUCCCGGAGGAGAUGA